AUGGAGUCUGAAGCUCCUAUUCAUGUCCUCAUGGUGUCCUACCCAGGGCAAGGUCACGUAAACCCUCUCCUUAGACUUGCCAAGUGCCUUGCUGCUAAGGGUUUGUUUGUAACAUUCACCACCACGGAGUUAGCUGGCGAACACAUGCGAACAGCUAACAAUAUCACGCACAAAUCAGUCACGCCCGUUGGUGAUGGUUUUCUCAAGUUCGAUUUCUUUGAAGAUGGUGGCAUGGUAGAUGGUGAUGGUGAUGGUUCUAAGAAGAAAACUCUCAGUGACUUCAAUGCUCAAGUUGAGGUUUUUGGGAAGCAAUAUGUUUCCCAAGUGAUCAAGGAGCAUGCUGAGGCAAACCAGCCAAUUUCAUGCAUCAUAAACAACCCCUUUGUUCCCUGGGUUUGUGAUGUAGCUGCUGAGCAUGGUAUUCCUUCGGCCAUGUUAUGGGUUCAAUCUACUGCUGUCUUCACCGCAUACUAUAGUUAUUUCCACAAGCUGGUAACUUUCCCUUCCCAUGAUGAUCCUUAUCUUGAUCUUCAAUUACUUUCUGUAGUCCUUAAAUACAAUGAAGUUCCAGACUUUCUGCAUCCUUUUAGCCCAUAUCCAUUUCUGGGGACACUCAUAUUGGAACAGUUUAAGAACUUGUCCAAGCCGUUCUGUGUGUUGGUGGACAGUUUUGAGGAAUUAGAGGCUGAUUACAUAAACUAUCUUUCAAAGUUCGUGCAUAUAAGGCCCGUUGGUCCUUUGUUCAAGACCCCAAUAGCAACAGGCACAAGUGAUAUUCGUGGUGAUUUUAUGAGGAGUGAUGAUUGCAUAGAGUGGCUGAACUCAAGGGAACCGGCGUCUGUGGUAUAUAUUUCCUUUGGGAGUAUUGUGCACCUGCCUCAAGAACAAGUGACAGAAAUUGCCUAUGGAUUAUUGGACUCCAACGUCUCGUUUUUGUGGGUUUUAAAACCACCCCAUAAACUUGGGCCUCCGCCUCAUGUUUUGCCUGAUGGGUUCUUUGAGGGGACAAGAGACAAGGGCAAAGUGGUGCAGUGGAGCCCACAAGAGGAAGUUCUGGCUCAUCCUUCUGUGGCAUGUUUUGUGACACAUUGUGGUUGGAAUUCUUCAAUGGAAGCCUUGACUUUGGGAGUGCCAAUGUUGACAUUUCCAGCAUGGGGUGACCAAGUGACAAAUGCAAAGUUUUUGACUGAUGUUUAUGGGGUGGGGAUUAAACUGGGUUAUGGACAGGCUGAGAAGAAGGUUGUAAACAGAGAUGAGGUGAAGAAGUGCUUAUUGGAAGCAACAAUAGGGCCAAAAGCAGAGGAGUUGAAGCAAAACGCCUUAAGGUGGAAGACAGCUGCAGAGGCCGCAGUGGCUGCAAAUGGCUCCUCUGCCUGGAAUAUAGAUGCAUUUGUGAAAGAUAUCAAAAAGCUUGGAGCUGUUAGGGUCAACCACAUAUAA